AUGAUUCCCUCGAUCUUGCUGGACAUAGGCCUGGGCUUCGUCUCCCACGCCUUGGCAGCCUGCAGCAGAGAGACGCUCCAGAACGCCACGGCCGCAUAUGUCCAAGCCCAAACUGCCGGGAAUCCCGGCCUGCUCGACCUAGCCAGCAACGUCAGCUACGCCGAGAACGACACGCCGCUCGACAUUAAGCAGGGCGUCCUCUCGCAGCCCAUCACCAUCGACUUCUCGCGCAGCCUGCACGACACCGUCCAGUGCGCGACCUUCACCGAGCUGACGGCCGCGACAUCCAAGCACCCCUACGUGAUCCACACGCGCAUGCUGCUCGACAACAGCGACACCACCACCCCCAACAACACCAACAACAACAACCACAGCAGCAGCCAAAUCACGCACAUCGAAUCAGUCGUCACCGACGCCGGCGACUGGGCCUUCAACGCGACAGGACACCUGUACUGGACGCGGCGCGAGACAUGGGACGCGAUCGCGGCGAGCGCGCGCGACGCGCGCGCAACCAUCCAGGCGGCGGCGGACGCGUACCUGGACGAGUGGGCGAACACGAGCGUGGCGGUGCCGCUGGGCACGCCGUGCGCGCGGCUCGAGGGCGGCAUCUACUCGGGGACGCGCGACCCGGCGGCGAACACGUGCGCGAUGCCGGCGUUCCCGACGCCGCUGCACGUGGGCAACCGCCGGUACGUGAUUGACGAGGAGCUCGGUGCGGUGGAUGUGUUUGAUGGGUUCCCCUGGAUCGAGCGUACCGAGCCGGAUCGGUCGAUGCCGAGUAGCAAUCUGAUCAGGGUGGAGAAGGGGAAGAUCAGGUAUAUUCAUGAGUUGACGGUGUGUGCGACGCCGAACUGUGGGAGGUGA